AAAUAAACGAACCGGCUGAUCUUCAGAAUAAACUAGUGUACAUUUUCGUGACGCAAUCAAACAGCAACUGUGACGAAGAAUAACACUACGACGUCUGUCGAGACUCGAAACAGUAAGGUGAUGCAGAUCAUAGAUACAUGUACUACUUGAGAUCCUGAAGCUUUCUUCUUUCUCUUUGGUUACAAACCGGUGGUCAACAGCUCAAGUCAAGAGCUUAGAUCAAGAACAAGCCCUUCUUUGUAUGCUAAAACAAACAGUACCAGCUUCAGGGCUGAAAAGAGGAAUGGCAAAACUGAUUAGCCGGACGGGUUUCCUGUCCUACACCUCAGGGCUAUCGGCCUUCAGGGCUGCCAUCGUCCAAAGUCAUCGCACUUUCUCAGAGUCCACCAAGCACAAGCAGAACAACGGAGAGGACAGCUCCUACGGAACGCCUUACACCCUGUGGCCCGAUGCCAAGCUGGGUCCCCUAGCCCCUCAAGAUCCACGCUUUCCUCUCCCGGGCAACGUGGGUCUGGGCUUGAGAUUCCAGCCGCCGCAGCCUGAGAUCCCAAGUCCAUCAGCGGGUCCUGAUGUACUGACGCACCCCCUCCCAUCCGACAGACAUGCCAUUGUGUGGGCUUACUAUGUCCAGGCUGUCUCAGAAGCUCAAUCUGAUACCGAGAUCAAAGAAGCCUACGACGCACUUCGCAACCAUCCUACAGCACUAGAAUGCAUCGCUCAGGCAUGUCCUGAUAAUCUAAGAAAAGGAUUCAAUGAGCUGUUUCCCAGCAGCAAUGUCGGAGCAGAGGUCAGUUUGACCGUGGUCACCAUGUGCCAGAGAACACAGCAUGAUAUGUCUACAUGGUCGUCAGAAGUCGAGGAGGAGAGGGAUGAACUUCUAGAACACUUUGUGAUGAGUGCCAAGGAGAUUUGUAGGAUACUAAGAGAAGCUGGUUACUGGGCUGACUUUAUAGAUCCUUCCUCUGGACAAGCCGUAAGUACAACCUAUUUCAAUCCUUUCAUUUUAACAAAAAGGUAACAACUCAAAAUUGCA